AUGGCUCAGGACAAUGGCAUGGCUCGUUUCAUCGAACGCUUCAAGGCCAUGCAGGCCCAGCGCGAGACAUCGGAUACUUUAAUCAAGGACGUCCUGAUGUACUGCGAUGAGUUGCAGAGAACGCUGGGUGCGGAGAACCAGCGUCUGAGCCAGCUGGUCGAGGAGACAAAGCUCGAUUUCACUGACGCUGUCCGCUCCGGCUAUGAACUACAGAAACAGGUUGAAGCAUGUCAAAAGACAAUCCGCCAAAAAGACUAUUACCAGUUUGACGAAUCCUAUGUCCGACAAGGCCUCGAGGGCGGCAAGAAGGCAGCGUACGCGCUGCGCAACGCCGUGGCGCAGCAGUGUGAAACGUAUGCCGGCGAGAUGGAGAUUUCCGCCAAAGUCGUCGCCAACAUCCAAGGGCUGGGGCGCGCCAUGGUCCGCGAUGGCUCCAUUUAUAACGAGAGGGAGUUUAAGGACUUCACACUGGGCUUCUCCCAGGCCAAGGCGGCCUUUGACUUUGUGGACAUCGGCCAUGGCAAGGAGCGCGCUGACGCCAAAAUAAGAGUCCUGGCCGACGACUAUACCCGGCGGCGUGUCAGCAUCCUCGAGGGUGUGCCGACGGUUCCCGCUCUGGUUGCUACAAACGUCAAUAUCUUCCGAAUGGACAAUGAACUAUUUCGCACGCGCAAAUUAGGUGAUCGAGGGACCCUCGCUAUAGAAUACAGUGCUUCGUCGGUGGGCAUCUCGCCGCGGACUGCGUCGGCCACGACAAUUCCGACGCCGCCUCCGCAAGCCUCCCAGCAGGACGAGUCAGCUGCGUAUCCAAGCUUGUCCAAGGACACACCCAAGGUCUCGCCGACGGCGUCCUGGGCAGGGUUGGCGAGCAAGCCACGCGCUGCGAGCCCGCCCCCCAAGAUCACGCUGCCGCUCGCCGCACGUUCAGUCAACAUUGGCAGCAAGAACAAGGCGGCCGCGGCGAAGCAAAGUAAAAAAAAGAUGGAGUUGGAGGCCCCCGACUGGAAUCUCGGUCCGCGUGGCAUGGACGACCCCAUCCACCCCAAUCUGGUUGUGCUCGAGGAGGUGAAGAAACGCAAGGACACUGACAAAUUAUGCAACAACCACUUUCUACGUGGACCAUGCGCAAAGCAGGACGUGUGCGUAUUUGUGCACGACUACAAUCCCACAGACGACGAACUCGAUGCAAUUGCUUAUCUUACGAGGCUGAACCCUUGCACGCGUGGUCAGGACUGCGACAACUGGGACUGUAUAUACGGACAUCACUGCGCGAGCAUGAAGGGCAAUGUUUGCACGCAUCCUUACUGCAAAUUCCCUGUUGAUGCGCAUCCGCCGAAUACCAAGUUUAAGAACCCCCAUAUUGACAAGAACAAUUAG